CCUCACGCGCCGGCCUCGCCUCCAGGCCCAUCCCAAGAUGGCGGAGAUCCCCCUGUACUUUGUGGACUUGCAGGAUGACUUAGAAGAUUCCCUUGUCAGUUACUGCCGGGAGGAACCGUGGUUUUCCUGUCUGCCAGGUGGAUUUGAGGACUACGGUCCAGACUGCGGCAGCAUGAGGGUAACAGCCUUCUUGGACGCCCUGCACCAGAACAACCUGCCUCCACUCACUUGCCUGGAAAAGCACGCCUUCAGCUAUCACAUCUUCAGCCGUUAGAUUAUUGCCAGGGGGCUACUAGAUAGCUUCCGAGGCUUCAGCAACAAUGAAGAAGACUUCACAAUGGUAAUGGAAAUCAUGGUCCGAUUGUCAGAAAAUGCAGUGACCACAGUGCGGACUGAGCUGAUGGAGCAGAUCCCUCCCAUUGCCAUUUUUUUUUUUUUUACAAGAAAGUAGAUCCUAAUUUCCAAUGUGCUCUCUGAAUUUUUCCCACCCAUCGUGGUGGGGUACCUCACAGAUCCAAACAAUCAGAUGAUCUACAGGCUGGUUUCAGUGCUGAGCUAAAGCACCAGUGAACGCCUGCUGCUCCCUCGCUUCUGUAAAUCAUGCGGUGAUGGGGAGCUCUUUCAGGCUCAGAAGGUAUGUGCCACCAAUUUUGACGAAAUUUGUCGCACGGUCGGACAAGAAGCCGCUGAGAAAUUUUUGGUAUGUGAAAUUUUUCCAGCUGUCUUGCUGAUGCACUUCUUAGGGCACUUUGGAAAUUACAUUCCGCCUUGGGGGGGCGCGCCCCUGGAGGUCCGCAGGGCCAGGCUGCCCCCACUCUUCAUCAGGCUGAUCAGCGUCCCCUGUUGGUGGGUGCACCAGGCUGCCUUCCAGUCCCUCGGCCCCUUCAUUUCCACCUUUGCAGACCCCUCCAGGGCUGGCCUGUAUGUACAAGACGAUGGCGUUCUGGGCACCGACCACCGGCUCCAGAUUUGGACCCUGAUUUCACCUCCGGGUCACCCAGUGCAGGCAGCUGUGGAAAUGUGUCCUCAGCCUGAUGAUUCACGGGGAGCCGGCACUCACCAGCUGCAGCAUCUUCUGUUUUCUAAUGCCCGCCCCCUAGUGGAGGCACUGAUGCGCAGUAAGUGCCUGGCAUCUUGCCCCGGACGGUGUGUGAGCAGCAGCCGGGGCUAUCGCACCACUUCUAGUUGUACAGUAGAGCCAGAGCCAGAUUUACCCAGGAAAGGCACAUUCCACGGACACCAGCACGUUCCUGCACACCGGCGCUUCUCCAGGGGCCUAAUGGAAAGCCCAGUGGAAGCCUCUGUCGUGGCUGGAGCCGAGAUGACCAGGCUUUCCCCAGAGGCCAGGGCCCUCGCGCAGCUCCCCAGUAUCAGCGCCCUCCCCACCCACAGCCGUCCCGGACACAAGCAAGGACUUGGAGCUGCUCCUGAGCGAGGUGGGGCCGCGGGAGGAAGGCUGCCGCACACUGAGACGGUGCCGGGGAGCGGUGUGGCCAGCGGCGGGAUUCAGAGAGUCCUCGGUAGUUCGCAGGAGCACAUGAUGCAUGACCCAGAUGUCCAAGGAUAUAAUACCCCAGCCCCGGCUAGAUCAGGACGUGUCAAUCCCCGACCCAGCUCGAGCCCAGACUGUCGAUACCAUCAGAGCCAAACACCGCGCCUGCAGCCUCCCGGGCAUGGCGCUGGCCCUGGGCAGGCAGAAUUGGCACUGUCUGAGAGAGACGUUCAAAACCCUGGCUUCCCACGUGCAGGUAAAAGGAGCCUUUUCAGAGGCCUGCCCAGGAUAGGAUGGGCCCUCUCGUUAGGAAGAAAGGGGAACUGCAGGAAGGCUCAUUGACCCGUGUUUUAUGUGGCCGCAAUUGGCAUGUUUACUGGCUUCUGGUGAAAUAAAGCUGCAAGUGGCCAACACCUGGCAACAUCAGUGUUGCUCCAGAAAUGCCACUCAUGCUCUCGGUAACAUUGAACUAUGCUUGCCUUUUUCAGUUUGUGUGUCUGCUGUGCGCAGUGGAAGGUACGUUGGACCCUAGUCUUCUCUAUUAGUGAGCUGGCCGUGAUCCUUGGGCACCAGUUAACAGCAGCUGACCUGGUGCCCGUCUUCAAUGGCUUUUUAAAGGACCUGGACGAAGUAUAAAUAGGAGUCCUUAAACGCCUGUGUGAUUUUCUAAAGGUAGGAAGAAGGAUUAAAAACAAAACAAAACAAAAAAGACAAACCUCUUCUCUUCCAAACAAAUUUUUAAAACUCUAGAUACGUAAAGUAUCAGUGGG